CUCAUGGGUCCAGAAGCCAGAGCCAACAGCUCCGCUCUCACAGAGUUCAUCCUCCUGGGCCUGGUGGAACCUGGAAAGCUGGAGUCUCUGCUCUUUGUUCUCUUCCUCCUGAUCUACCUGGUCACAGUGGGGGGCAACCUCAGCAUCCUGGCUGCCGUCCUGGUAGAGCCCAAACUCCACUCCCCCAUGUACUUCUUCCUGGGCAACCUGUCCGUGCUCGAUGUCAGCUGCAUCAGCGUCACUGUCCCUCCAAUGCUGGGCCGCCUUGUGUCCCACAAGCGUACGAUUUCCUAUGAUGCCUGCCUCUCCCAGCUCUUCUUCUUCCACUUUCUGGCUGGUGUGGACUGCUUCCUGUUGACAGCCAUGGCCUAUGACCGGUUCCUGGCCAUCUGUCGUCCCCUCACCUACAGUACACGCAUGAGCCAGACUGUCCAGAGGACAUUGGUGGCUGUGUCCUGGACUUGCGCCUUCUGCAAUGCACUGAUGCACACUGUGGCCCUAUCUACCCUGAACUUCUGUGGCCCCAAUGUGAUCAACCACUUCUACUGUGACCUCCCACAGCUCUUCCAGCUCUCCUGCUCCAGCACCCAACUCAAUGAGCUUCUGCUCUUUGCUGUGGGUUUUAUCAUGGCGGGUACCCCCGUGGUUCUCAUCAUCACCUCCUAUGCCCAUGUGGCAGUUGCAGUCCUGCGUAUUCGUUCUGCUGAGGGCAGGAAGAAGGCGUUCUCCACCUGCGGCUCUCACCUCACCGUGGUUUGCCUCUUCUAUGGGACAGGCAUCUUCAACUACAUGCGACUAGGUUCAGAGGAGGCUUCAGACAAGGAUAAAGGGGUUGGGAUUUUCAACACAGUCAUCAAUCCACUGCUGAACCCGCUGAUCUACAGCCUCAGGAACUCUGACAUUCAGGCCAUUUUAAAGAGGGUCUUUGUGGGCCAGCAAUCAUCUACCCGAUAG